ACCACCACUUACAUCGAGCUCAUCGUCGUCCUCGUCGUCCAGCAUGUCUUCCACCAUCCCCAUUAAUCAAAGCGACCCGACUGCCCCCACCCCCCAAAACACUCCUCUCACUCACGCUCCCAUCGCGGCGGGUCUUUCGCGACCCACCGUCCCCGAUAUUACUGAAGAUAACGAGGAGGAAGAACUCGCUGCUGUUGAGGACAUUCAACAAACUAUGCUCGGUCUCGUCCAGGGACGUCUUGCUGGUCUUGUUGGAAGGAGUUCUGGCUACAUUGAGAGCCUACCCACCGAGAUUAAGCUCAAUGUGGAGGCCCUCAAGGGCGUCCAUGUGAAGCAGGCCGAGCUGCAGAACCAGUACAAGCGUGAAUGUCUGGCCCUAGAGAAGAAGUAUGCGGAGCUGCACAAGCCUUUGUACGAACGACGAAAGGAGAUUAUUACUGGUGCCUCCAAGCCUACCCCUGAGGAGAUUGAGGCCGGUGAGAAAGUCUCAGCAAAGGAAGACGAGGAAUUCACUCCCCCGUCGAAGGAGGGCAAAGAGCCUAGCGCCGACGGUAUUCCUGAGUUUUGGCUCACUGCUCUCCGCAACCAUAUUGUGCUCAACGAGAUCAUCACGGAUCGCGAUGCUGCCGCGUUGAAGCAUCUCGUUGACGUACGGAUUGACUACCUUCCACCAACCGAUCCCAAGCCCGGGUUCAAGCUUUCAUUCCACUUCACCCCUAACGAGUUCUUCGAGAACGAGGUCCUUGAGAAGACUUACUUGUAUCAGGAGGAAGUUGGUUACGGCGGUGACUUUGUGUACGAUCGUGCCAUCGGAACGGAGAUUAAGUGGAAGGAGGACAAGGAUCUCACUAAGGAGUUCGAGAUCAAGAAGCAGCGCAACAAAAAUACGAACCGCACGCGUCUCGUCCGCAAGGCGCGUCCUGCCGAGUCGUUCUUCAACUUCUUCGCACCCCCCUUGCCACCCAGCGAGGAGGCUGUUGAGAGCGGUGACCUCGACGAGGAGGAGCUUGAGGAAAUCGACGAGAAGCUUGAACUCGACUAUCAGAUUGGCGAAGAUAUCAAGGAAAAGAUCAUUCCCCAUGCUGUCGACUGGUUUACUGGUAAGGCCCUGGAAUUCGAGGACCUCGAUGAGGAUGAGGAUGACUUCGAGGAUCUUGAUGACGAAGAUGACGAGGAUGCUUUUGAUGAAGAGGUAUGAGAGCGAAUCCGAUGAGGACAUUCCUGCACGACGCCGAGGACCACCUAAAGGUCGCGGUGCCGGUGCAUCGACGAAUGUUAACCCGGAGGAAUGCAAACAGCAAUAAACUGUGCGGCCGCGCAAGGGUUUUCCGAUCGCCGUUCUUAAAUGGUUCCAUUCACUUCCUCUGUUGGCUCGCUUCUUGGUCUCGACUUACUGACGACUCUAAAAAUCACGCACAAUAACUGUUCAUCCUCAUCUGACGCCUCUAUGAUUUUUUCUCACAAAUGUGUUGUGCGAUCAUCCAUUCCCAUCGCAAAGCCUUCCUCUCCUUAUUGCUUUCAGUUUCCCCCUUUUUCCAUCUCAUAUUUCAUCAUUCGUCUCAUGCUCUUGGUUGAUUACCCUCACGUUCGGUAAUAGAUACGGGUGAUCUCACCUAGACUCGUAGAACUUGUUCUAUGUUGUUGUGUGGUGGAGAGCUUUCGUACAUCUUAUUAUUUUGGAGGGUAAUUGAAGGUAGUCUAGCGUAGCAUACCAAAUCAUCAAUAACAACGAUAGUACUUUGUUGAUCGUUGAUCUUCCGUGAGGCGCCGUACAAAAGCAUAGCGGUAGUGUAGUAAACAAAACUCCAAGGAAUGGUUAACGAUGCAUAUACUAGUCGAUUAG